AUGGCACUGGAGAGUGCGUCGCUCCUGAAAGCAGGGCUUGUGUUGUUGAUGGCAGCCCAAGUCCUUCCUUCGGUGUCUGGCUGCAACAGGGGCGUGUACGAGAGGGUUAUCAAUGAUCUCUGCUUAGCUAAGUUCAAAUUCGACAUGGGAGGACUGGACCAAGGCCUGUGGUGCAGCUGGCCCGACACAAUGGAGAUAUAUGAGGGACUAACAAACUGCACCUACCAAGUCGCCUUGAGGAUGGACUGCUUCUGGCCCAACCACAUAGUCGACCGCGUCUUCAUGCACAUUCAUCGGGCCUACUUCCACGACUGUGCUCUGACCGGCCGUCUCCUCCACGACCCACCGAUCAGCGUCCUCGCCCCGUUCAUCACGGUGCCGGUGCUGGUCACCCUGCUCAUGACCGCUGUGGUAGUGUGGAGGAGUAAACGCACAGAGGGGGUUUUAUAG